UGCGGCAACCAAUUCUUCUCAAGCGAGAAUGUAAGGGGGUGAAAACUAGCUUUGAGACACCUCUGGAUGUUCACAGGCAGAACACCUAAAAAUGGACAAAGAAAACAGUGACGUUUCAUCCAAACCUGCUGAUGUGAAGAUAUCCAAUAUCUCAGUUCAGGUGGUCAGUACCCCGGGGAAGUUGCCAGGGAGACCAGUGAGACCAGUGAGACCAAUGAGACCAAUGAGACCAAUGAGACCAGUGAGACCAGGGAGACGACCACCUCAAAAGCCCAUCAACAAAGCCAAACCCAAGAAGGAACUCAAGAAGAAAGCUCCCUUUUGGAAUGUCCAAAAUAAAAUCAUUCUCUUCACAGUAUUUUUAUUCAUCCUAGCAGUCAUAGCCUGGACACUUCUGUGGCUCUACAUCAGUAAGACAGAAAGCAGAGAUGCUUUUUACUUUGUUGGGAUGUUUCGCAUCACCAACAUUGAAUUUCUUCCUGAAUACCAACAGAAGGAUUCCAGGGAAUUUCUGUCAGUGGCACAGACUGUGCAGCAAGUGGUAAACUUGGUUUACACAACAUCUGCCUUCUCCAAAUUUUACAAGCAGUCGGUCAUUGCAGAUGUCAGCAGUAACAACAAAGGUGGCCUCCUUGUUCACUUUUGGAUUGUGUUUGUCAUGCCACAUGCUAAGACCCAUAUCUUCUGUGAGGAUUGUGUGGCUGCCAUCUUGAAGGACUCCAUCCAGACGAGCAUCAUAAACCGGACCUCUGUGGGAAGCUUGCAGGGUCUGGCUGUGGACAUGGACUCUGUGGUACUAAACGCUGGGCUUCGGUCAGAUUACUCUUCAACCAUAGGAUCCGAGAAAGGCUGCUCUCAGUACUUGUAUGCAGAUCAUCUGUCUCUCCGCUACCCUCUGGAGAUUUCUGCAACCUCAGGGAGGCUGGUGUGCCACUUCAAGCUGGUGGCCAUAGUGGGCUAUGUGAUUCGUCUGUCAAUAGAGUCCGUCCAGAUUGAAGCCGACAACUGUGUCACCGACUCCCUGACAAUUUACGACUCCCUCUUGCCAAUCCGGAGCACCAUCUUGUAUAGAAUUUGUGAACCCACAAGAACAUUAAUGUCAUUUGUUUCUACAAAUAAUCUCAUGUUGGUGAUAUUUAAGUCUCCUCAGAUACAGAGGCUAUCAGGAAUCCGGGCAUAUUUUGAGGUCAUUCCAGAACAAAACUGUGAAAAUGCAGUGUUGGUCAAAGAAAUCACUGGCUUUGAAGGGAAAAUUUCAAGUCCGUAUUACCCAAGCUACUAUCCUCCAAAAUGCAAGUGUACCUGGAAAUUUCAGACUCCCCUAUCAACUCUUGGCAUCGCACUGAAAUUCCAUAACUAUUCAAUAACCAAGAAGAGUAUGAAAGGCUGUGACCACGGAUGGUGGGAAAUUAAUGAGCACAUGUACUGUGGCUCCUACAUGGAUCACCAGACGAUAUUUCGAGUGCCCAGCGCCCUUGUUCACAUUCAGUUUCAGUGCAGUUCCAGGCUAUCGGACCAGCCACUUUUGGUGGAAUAUGGCAGUUACAACAUCAGUCAACCCUGUCCUGUUGGAUCUUUUAGAUGCUCCUCCGGUCUAUGUGUUCCUCAGGCCCAGCGGUGUGAUGGAGUAAAUGACUGCUUUGAUGAAAGUGAUGAACUUUUCUGUGUGACUCUUAAACCUGCCUGCAAUGCCAGCUCCUUCAAGCAGCAUGGCCCUCUGGUCUGUGAUGGCUUCAGAGACUGUGAGGACGGCCAGGACGAGCAGAACUGCACUCAAAGCAUUCCAUGCAACAAUAGAACUUUUAAGUGUGGCAAUGAUAUUUGCUUUAGGAAACAAAAUGCAAAAUGUGAUGGGACUGUGGACUGUCCAGACGGAAGCGAUGAAGAAGGCUGCAGCUGCAGAAGGAGUUCCUCCACCCUCCACCGCAUCAUUGGGGGCACUGACACACUGGAAGGGGGUUGGCCGUGGCAAGUCAGCCUCCACUUCGUUGGCUCUGCCUACUGUGGAGCCUCCGUCAUCUCCAGGGAGUGGCUUCUCUCUGCAGCCCACUGUUUCCAUGGAAACAGGCUGUCAGACCCCACUCCAUGGACUGCUCACCUCGGGAUGUAUGUGCAGGGGAAUGCCAAGUUCAUCUCCCCGGUGAGAAGAAUCGUGGUCCACGAGUACUAUAACAGCCACACUUUUGACUAUGACAUUGCCUUGCUACAGCUCAGUGUCGCCUGGCCUGAGACCCUGAAACAGCUCAUACAGCCAAUAUGCAUUCCUCCUGCUGGCCAGAAAGUACGCAGUGGGGAGAAGUGCUGGGUAACCGGCUGGGGGCGCAGGCACGAAGCAGACAAUAAAGGGUCCCCUGUUUUGCAGCAAGCAGAAGUAGAGAUCAUUGACCAAACCCUCUGUGUUUCCACCUAUGGGAUCAUCACUUCGAGGAUGCUUUGUGCGGGUGUCAUGUCAGGCAAGAGAGAUGCUUGCAGAGGAGAUUCGGGUGGACCUUUAGCUUGUCGAAGAAAAAGCGAUGGAAAAUGGAUUUUGACUGGCAUUGUUAGCUGGGGACAUGGAUGUGGAAGACCAAACUUUCCUGGUGUUUAUACAAGGGUAUCAAACUUUGUUUCCUGGAUUCAAAAAUAUGUCCCUUCUCUUUUGUAAUAGUACAAGUUGGAUUUUGAUUAUGAUUUAUGUGAUAGAUACUUUUUAAAAAAAUGGAGUAAUUAUAAAUAAAAUGAAACACUUUAAUUUUUUGUUUAGCAAACUUCAGAUUGCAUACAUUUGGUGUUUAUUGAAAAACUGAGAGAUGCAUUUUAUUUCAUACAAAUUGCUUUAAGGAUAUAGCUGUAUUCAUUCUUAAAGGGUCAUUGAUUCAGGAAUGGAAGAAAUCUAAAGCAAUGUCAUGAACUAAGCCUCUAAAAUAAGAAGUGGGUGAGAUGCUCAGAUAGUCAUACUUUAUUUUUUGCUCCAAUUCAAUGUACAGAUAAGGUAAGGAAUUAGGCAAAUCUGAUUUAUUGAAAUAAGAAAUUCCAUAACAAAUGUGCCUGAUCUUCAGUGUUCUAAUGAAAUUCAACACACAAAAAUGUCUCUUCCACAAAUGCAAAUGGGGCUAAACUCAUUUAUCGACAGAGGAAGUACCUAUAUUGGUGCUUUCUAAUCCAAUUUGUCUAACCAUAUCAUAGUUGGACUUUCUUCAGCCGUGACACAUGAUAAUAUUGUGUUCAGAGAAAUCAACCAACCAACAAAACUGACAGUAAUCUUUACUAAUAUGAUAUAAUAAAGCAUUGUGGUAGUUGAAUUGAAACAACUUGCAUGGGAUUUAAGGAAAUUACAGUAAUUCUGGUCAGUAAUUAAAAGAC